CUUCUUAGCAAGGAAGGCCUACAUUCGGGCAGCCUGGCCAGUUGAAUUUGCCGUUCUCAAAAAGGGAUGGCCGUACAUGUUAGGAGGUCUCUUCUCCCUCCUGGUCCACAACUGGGUGCACAACAUGGCUUAUUACUAUGCUGGUAUAUACCAAGUGUAUGGUCCCUAUAAAGGCCCCAGCAAUAGAAUACAUGACUUUGGUUUUGAGUGGUUCGGGACGGCAUUUGUGGGUUGGUCUACACCCCCAGGUGACAUCGUACUGUACAUAACGCUGGCUAUAGCGAUAGUCUACGCGUUGAGGCCACUUGUCUUCUCGUUCCCCACACGUACAUUGAACAUUCUAUGGCGAGUUUUGACAAUGAGCAUCUUCACCGUUACGGGUCGGUGUAUUUCAUUCAUUUUUACUUUGCUACCGAGUUCGGCUCAGCAUUGUGCGGAAGAUGAGUUUGAUCCGCCUAAGAACUGGGGAGAGAUAUUCACCCAUGUGUCUGUGUCUGGCGGCUGCAGUGAUCUUAUCUAUUCGGGCCACAUGAUGUAUGCUAUACUUGCUACAUGUGCUAUAUUCCGGUACGCCCAGAACUGGUACAUUAAAGCAACAUGCCUCGCAUUGAACAUCCUGCAGGGUUUUGUAAUCGUUGCAUCGAGAGCUCAUUAUAGUGUGGAUGUGAUUGUCGCUGCGUACACAAUACCGGCGUUUUGGUGCACUUUCGCGUAUUUUGUCCCUGAGGACAUAGGUCCGAACGCAGUGCCCAUCGAGAAGACCAGUUUGGCGGCUGAGGAGGGGCCGCCUGUCGACCCUGCCCGUUCGGUCGGCGGAGGAGUGCUGGAUUUGGAGCUGGGGGCUACAGGAGCGUCAUCAGCUGCCUCUCCGGUACAAGCAUAGCCGAGGAGGAAACG